AUGAUCGCUAGCAUCGAAUCUCGAACGCGUCAUUCACAUCAGUAGUCAGUGCGUGUGGUGUAACAUUUAAAUUUGUCUUAUUGAAAGAAAUCCAUAAUUAACGAUGGCAGCGAUAUUACGUGUGAAACGCAGAUAUACAGACGAGCCAUUGAAUGCCUUAGUGAUCUCGUGUAAAAGACAGAAAACUGCAGAGAACGAAGAAGCCGAAACGACAUUAUUAACACCUGUAACCACUGUUGCUAAAUUUGCUGGGACUGUUGAUAAACAGGAAGACAGUGUCGAAGAUAUCAUUCAUAAUUAUGAAAAAGACAAGCUAAAAGCAAAUUUCAAACAACAUCCUGUGGAUGUUCUGAGUAAGGCAAGAAAACUAACGAAACAUGCUUCAGCGGAAAGUCGUUACAAAGUAGUCAGCUUCUUUCGAUCUUUGGACAAUUCCAAUCAUGAAGAUACGAAAGAGAAAUGUACCACAGUAAUCGAUAUAGAAGAUUCAAGAUCUAUGGCAGAGGAAGAGUCUACAGAAAAAGACAACAAUUAUGUAUAUGAUUUGUAUUAUGCACAAACGGAAGACGACAUAUACUUAGAUGAUGAGGUAUUGGUGCAUCCAUAUGAACAAGAAUUGGUUUUCGAUAAUUAUAGAGAUGAAAGUUAUCGAGUCGAAUGUGAGUCAGAGGACUCGAAUUCAGAAUCCAAUUGGAGAAAUGAUUAUCCUGAUUCUGACCAUUCCGAAAGAUCAAUUAAUGAGGAUGAUAUGAGAGAAGCUAUAAUGAACAUGAAAAUAAAUCAAGAAUCCGACUUAUCCGAUGACGAUGAUUUUGUCUAUGCAAUUGAUGAAGCUGAUGUAAAUGCUUAUGGUUACUCGUACGCGAGGUAUAAAGCAAGGCUGAAAGAAGAAUUGGGAGAAUCAGAGGAGGAUAGUCUCUCCGAAGAAUCAGUCGAGGAUAAUUGAAAAAACAUAUUAAGUAAGCUUUAAUGUUAAUAAUAAUAAUUGUGUAUAUACUGUACAAGAGAAUGCUAAGGAUAGGACAGAUAUAUUUUGUUUAUUAAACUUGUUCUCCAAAUUUUAAA